UAUACAAACAAUAAGAGAGCCAUUCGUGGUUUACUUCAACGAGUCAUAAUUUAUGCACCCAGAAGCACUUGGGCAGCGGCAGCGACCCCUAUGACGUCACUCGAAGUUCAUCUGAAGCCCGGGAGCGAUGCGCGCAACUAUGAGUGAGGAGCCGGAGCCGAGAUGGAAACGCUGCCCACCAUUGUCUGCGGAUUUUGUCACGAGUCCGAGGAGUCAAAGAUCACGGGGCCAAUUUUAAAGAAAAACAGUGUCGUGGCGCACGAGAACUGCCUGUUUUUUUCCUCUGGGAUUUACAACAAAAACACACCUGAUACAGAUGACCUGGAAGGAUUUGAAGAGCAGGAUGUGAUACAGGAAAUGAAGAGAGGCAAAUUUUUGAAAUGUCACAAGUGCAAGAAGAGUGGAGCAACUGUUGGGUGUGAGGUAAAGAAGUGCAAGAGGUCUUACCACUACUCCUGUGCCAUCCAUGACAAAGCCCAGAGAGUGGAGAACAUCAAGAAGGGUGUUUUUAAGUUGUAUUGUGAAUUGCACCGGCAGUCACCCACAAGAGAGAUUAAUUUCAAAAAUUCCACUGCUGAGCAAUCAACGAAAACUGGUAACAGCGACAGAGCACAGGACCUGGAAAUACCUGCCAAGAGAAGAAGACAACAUACUUUACAGGGUCAUACCAGAAAAGUUAGGAGGAGCAUCCUGUACUCAGAUGAUUCUUCUAGCUCAGAUGGUCAUGAGCAAUAUGACUGUGAACAAGCACCUUUGGAGAAUGAUUUGGAAGAGAAGGCAUGUUCAGUAACAAAACAAAUUGUUAAAGCUGACAAAACAAGUACCUAUACAGAUGAAGCACAGCCUUCCACUUCAGCAAAUCUCUCAUUGGCUUACAGUGAAAACCAAGAUGAGACUGAUAUCGAUUCUGACCAGGGUUCCCAGAGCCUUCUGGUGCCGUUCAAUAUCAAGAAGGUGGAGACUCUUGCCCCGUCUCCUCCAGCUCCAGACAUUAGUCCUUGUUCCAGUUCUGCAAGGCCAGUGAGUUUGGGCUCCCACUUCUGGUCCAAAUGCCAUGAAGCGGGCUGCCUUGAGUCUAUCUUCUCCACCUUCAUCUCAUCCAUGAUCAGCCUUUCUGAAAAGAUCCUGAACAAGCAAGCCAGUAAUGAAGAGUGUGAUCUCUAUUUCAAAGUGCUGAUAGCCUCAGGAGUGCUGCCUGACAUAAUAACCAGGAAAGAACAAGACUUAAAGGAAAAAAUGUCAAGUCUUGAGAAGGAGAGGGAAGCAUUACAAACGGCCCUGUCCGUAAUAAGCAGCGUGAGUAAAACAAGUGCCUUCCCAGUCAGUCACCAGUCCGGUGAACACCGUUCCAGUGAAGGAUGCAGCCGUUGCCAGAACGGUACCAGCACACCCAACAACCCAUCCUAAAGUGCUGAACUUCCAAAGCAGUUAUCUGCAAAUAUUCUGGGGACCACGUUGCCUGCACUGUGUCCUUUCAAAGCCAUUUUUUAUAUUAAGUUUUAUGUUUUUAACUUUAUCAGACAGUUUGGCAGCUUGUUUAUCAUCAGGAUUUUAUUCAGGCUUAUACCAGGUGAAGUAUUCAGAAGUUUUAGUGGAUCUUUCGAAGCUAUAUUGAAAUAGAGGGGGAUUUUACUGCGUGUGUGUGUGUGUGUGUGUGUGUGUGUGUGUGUGUGUGUACAGUCAUUCUUGUUAUUUCAGCUCACUUCAGAUGAAUGAAUUUUUGUAGAGCACUCUUCUCCCCAAUGUAACACAGAACGUUGAACAAAAUUCCUGGGAAGCAUACAAUACAAAAUGGCAGCAGUUGUAGUUAACAGUGGAGUUUAAGCCAGCUGGCAGUUGAGAAGAGGAAAAAAACUCCUACUGCAAAGAAGGGGGAAACAACUGGUAGCAUCGAGGUUAGAGGUGCUGCCUUUGGAUCCAAAGGUUUUGGGUUUAAUCCCCACCUUCAGAUGUAGUA